AUGAACAUAAAAUUUGAGUGCAACAAUGAUAAGGGAAACGAACUCGAGAAAAACGUCCUCACCACGAAAGAGUUAGGCACGAACGAGUUAGACACGAAGGAGUUAGACGCGAAAGGGAUACCCUCAAAUGGGGCUUCCGCCAGCGGGGUCACCCCAGACCCGAUCUACGAAUUGGGAAACGAAAUAGAAGACCUUUUUGAUGAAGAUGUGGAGAACAUCAAAUUUAACGCAGAUGAAAUUUCUUCCUUUUUUCUGAAAAAUAACCAACUCGAAAAUGAAAAGGAAGAAUCAGAAAAUGUUUGUAGCAACCCACGAGAGGUGAACAGCAUGGAGAGAAAUCCCGAAUGUAACAAAAUAAAAAGUCUGUUCGAUCCAGCCAUCAGUGGACCAUACGUCUGCUGCGUUGCCAUUUUGUCCAAAAGAGAAAAUGUCGAAAUUGAGUUUAUGCACCCAGAGAUAUUGAAGCCGCAUGAAACAGAGCAUAUAAAUAAAAGGAGGAACAAAAAAAAAAUGAAAAUCAUAACCCCUUUUUGCGUAUGGCAUAGAUACCAAGGGGACUGGGUAGAGGAUGUGAAAUUUUUAAUUGCAGAAAGGAUGUACUUGUUUGGGGAAACCAACACGGGGAACGUCCUCUGCGAUUUUUACAAUCACAAGUCUUGCAAAAAUUAUAAUGAAUACAAUGUUAUGUAUGCCCCUAGUGGGAACAGGUACUACAUGGUAGGGCUGAAUUAUAUGCAGGACAGCAGUUACAACGAGAUCCUGACCAUUGCGCAGGUGCCACACUUUGACUUCAUAUACGAGAGGCUUUGCCCGGCGGUGCGGGCCGUCCUGGGGCAGGAAAGGGCCACGGAUACAGCAAUGGGUAGAGCGGACGGUGUAGUGCAGGAUAAAUCGCAGCCCUGUGUGAAAAAUAAAGGGGAUGCACAAAAAAAAUACGGCGAGCUGAUCACCUUCGUCGACAGCUUCGCGCAGGAUAAUCCAUUUGAUCAAAUGGAGUUCAACGAUUACUACGUGCAUUUGUCCAAAGACAUAGAACACGUUAACAACAUAAAAGUGAAAAAUGUUCUGAUCAUUCUAAAAGCAAUGUUAUUGGAAAAAAAAAUUGUCAUUUCAUGUUCGAAGAAAGGAAAUGGAUGCAGAAUGGUGUUGCUCCUCCUUUCCCUCAUUCCUGACAUAAUAAAUUUUGGAUUCAAUGUAAAAAUUUAUGAGGACAAAUUUGAAGAAUGGAUAAAAUUAAAACUCCCUCUAAUUUUAUUUCACGAAAAGUAUGUUCUUCUCCUCCACAUAAAUAACUUGCAACUAUUUAAUGAACACGCAAAUGGAAAGAACUACUUCAUAUCGACCAGCAAAGGUAGCGAUGUAUAUUAUUACGUAAAGAAUAAUGUAGACGUUUUGUACGAGAUGGACAAUGACGAGCUAAUUGUGAAAAAGGAAAAUUUAAUGAAUGCUUUAAGUUUGACAAAAUAUGAAUAUAAUUAUUUGAAGGGCCUUAACUCCAUUUUUCAAUCUUUGAUUAAUUUUUCUUCUCUUUUUUUUGAGACCUCCAAACAGAGCAGUAUCAUGGAGAAUGGUCAUACUGGGGGAGGGUUUUCCCAGGGGCACUCUACCUCUGCUAAUGUAUUGGACAAUCGCUUAGGUGCAACAGAUUGUCUCGACGGUGGGAAUACCAUUUGUGCGCAACAGAAUGAAGAAGUGGACAAGCACACACGAGGUGGAGAUGUGAUCCCCGAUCGGGAAACCCUUCCUUAUAAGAGUAGUAACCAUGAACGUAAUAAACAAAAUCAUGUUGAUGGGUGGAAGAACCCUGUCUUGGGAGAAGCCCAAGUUGAUCAUGAUGAAGGAAAAAACGAAUACAUUGAUGACGAAGAUGACAUAUGUGUCCUAGACACAAAAUCUGUGAACUUCCAAAAAAGCGAACAGAAGAGGUUUGACCAAAUGGGUGAAACCGAAGAAAGGACCCAAAGUAGCAACACAAAAAAAAACGUAUCAAUGAAUGAUGAAUCGGAUAAGUACAUUUCCAACUUGAGGAGCCAUUUUCAUGUGUAUUUUAAGAAUUUUUUUAUGUCAAGCAAAGAAAAUUACGAAGAGGGAAAAAAGGAAAUGAGAGAACAGUAUGAACUGAAUUAUAACAAUGACUUUCUCCAAUUAUGGCAAGAAACAGAAAAUUAUAAUUAUUUCAUUGAGAAGGAUUUCAAAAUGAACAAGUUUUUAAAAAUUGCAGAACAGAAUAACGUCCCAUUUGACAAGCAAAAAAUGGAGGACUACAAAUUUGUGGAUGAUUUGUUAAUAAUCGACAAGAGGGAUAAUUCAGAAAGUGGAAAAAAUGAACAAAAAAAUUUUAAGGAUGUCUUGGUAAUAUCGUUAAAGGGCUAUGUGUACGAAGGGACUUUUUCCAUUUUAAAAAAUUGCAAAGAAGGGGUAGGCAAAUUUUUGUAUAACAUACACGAUAUAACUUUUCACGGAGAAUGGCAAAACGAUCAAAUAAAUGGGUCUGGUCAUUUACUAUACAAUAACAAAUUCAAAUAUUUUGGAAAUUUUAAAAAUAACCUGUUCAGUGGAAAUGGACUCUUUGUUGAUAAUUUGUUAAAUCAAUAUGAAGGGGAAUUUUCCAAUGGCUCAUUUAAUGGGAAUGGAAAACUUAUAUUUAACAGAAAUACUUACAUAGGCAUUUUUAAAAAUAAUAAUUUAGUAGGAAAGGGAAAAAUAUUGCACAAAAAUGGACUUGUAUAUACGGGAGAAAUAAAGAACUUUCUCCCCCAUGGAUAUGGCUUCCUCUCCUACAACAGUUCAACCGUAUUUGAAGGAUACUUUGUUGAAGGGAAAAAAAAUGGAAAUGGUUUUUUAACCAUAAAUCAGGGCUCCAUUUCGGAUGAAUGUUUCUGUAUUGAGGGGAAGUGGAGUAAUGAUGAACCUGUCGUGAGAAGAAAUUUCCAUAUUAUUUUUCCAAACAAGGAUAAGUACAUAGGGAAAAUUUAUUUCCUACCCUCUUGGAAAGAAGACAACAGGAAGGGGCGGAAUCUGUGGAGUGACCACCAUGCCAUGUGUCAGCAGAUUCAUCAUCAGCUUUUUGAAGCCAAGCAAUUGAUAGAAAGUCAAAUCGGUUUUGCGAACCAGGGUGGAGUACAAUCCCCGGUUGACAGUUCGAACAACGUGGAGGAAAAACGGGAAAGCAUUAGCAACGGAAGCACCCGAAACGUUACUGGCAUCACCUGGAGCGAUAGUACACACCCCAUUCGCUGUGCGAACACGGCCGAUUCUUUUAUCCACCACAGUAGUGUCCUUACCACGGCAGGCAGUAAGAACUGUUUAGAAUACCAGCAUUGGGGGAAAAAAGACGCGGGAAGUCAAAUUUUAAAAUCCAACGAUGAAACCCUCAUUUCAACAGAAACGCAAAAUAACGAACAGAGGCAUUAUCCCCCAGGUGAAGAUCCCAACUCAGAUCAGGCAAAAGUUAUCAAAAAAAAGGUGCUGAAGGAAAAACUCGAAACUAUCUUAAAAAUGAAAGAAAGAAAAACGUUGAGGAAAUGUUUCGAAAUAUUAGACAAUUAUUGGAUAUGCAACAUAGAACAAAAGUUAAGGGAAAAUAAAGAUGUCGUUGAAUAUUUAAAAAAGAACAAAGUCGUUCUCGUUCCACAUAGAGAAGGACUAAGUAUAACUUGUGAUCAGAAAAAAAAAGAAAAUUAUGAUGGGAAAUUUUGCUUAGGUAUGAAACAGGGAUAUGGCAUAUCUGUCUAUGGUGACACAAACAGAUAUGAAGGCUACUGGCACAGGGGAAUGAAGCAUGGUUCUGGACUUUUGUACGAAGGGGACAGUGUAUACCAUGUCAACUUUAGCUACGAUAAGUUAAUUGAGAAGAAGGAAAUUUCGCCUGAGCAAGUAAGUAGGUUUAAGCCCCAAAAGGCAGCCCCCAGUGUGAAGAAACGAGGAAAUCAAUUUUUAAUAAAUCAGUCCUUCUUUCAGUAUAGGACGCUUUUGUCCUCCACCGUGUGUCAGUACCUUUGA